AAUUGUGGUAGUAGUUGGGCUCAGACAGGAGAGUUUUAACAAUUGGGCUUCGUAUGCAAAAACCCUAAUACAUAAAGAGAAAGGAAUAGAGAGGGUUCCAUCAUAAGAGAGAAAGCGCCGCCAAAAAUGCAGAUCUUCGUGAAAACUCUUACCGGGAAGACGAUCACCCUCGAGGUUGAAUCGAGUGACACUAUCGACAAUGUCAAAGCCAAAAUUCAAGACAAGGAAGGUAUUCCACCGGAUCAGCAGCGAUUGAUUUUCGCUGGAAAGCAGCUGGAAGAUGGACGUACUUUGGCUGAUUAUAACAUCCAGAAAGAAUCAACUUUGCAUUUGGUUUUGAGGCUUCGUGGAGGGAUUAUUGAGCCUUCUCUGAUGGCUUUGGCCAGGAAGUACAACCAGGAUAAGAUGAUUUGCCGCAAGUGUUAUGCUCGCCUGCACCCUCGUGCUGUUAACUGCAGGAAGAAAAAAUGUGGGCACAGCAACCAGCUGAGGCCAAAGAAGAAGAUCAAGUAGGCGCUAUAUGUUGUUAAGCUAGAUGUUAUACUGCCAGUCUGUGGUCUUACAGUUUUCUGUCCUGCUUCAACUUUUUGUAAUGGAUACUAGCAAUUGUCUUUAACGUCAAAUUUAUUGGAUACGAUAUCCCUGUGCACUCUAUCUAUGGCUUUUAAAUGAAGUUUAGUACGUUCUUAUAA